AGAUUAAUUUGAAUAAAUAAACUUGUGCACCAAACUUCUUUGUUGAUGAUUCAACCAGAGAGCGUUGCUAAUCAAUUUCAGCAUUGAACUUCCAUAUUGUCACACUAAUCUUCACUCUAACGUCUAAUCUGAUUGAAAAGCUACCACCGUAAUAAACUUUGUUCAUCGACAAUCUUGUUUAUCAAAUUGAUGGUGCUAUUAAAUACCUAGAUUCAGAUAUAUUUACCACAUUCACUUAUUUCCAAUCAGCAUAAGCCUUGCAAUGACUCUUCUAGCCAAAGUUGGUGCUGUUGCCUUGCCCAAUUUAAUUGGUUGGGCUGGUUCUAAUUUCACUCGAACUGCAAUCCCCACUUGGUAUGAGAAACUCAAGAAACCUUCAUGGCGACCUCCAAACAUAGCAUUCCCAAUUGUUUGGACAGCUCUUUACACUGGAAUGGGUGCUGCAUCCUAUCUUAUUUACCGUGAUGGCGGUGGCUUUGAUGGAGCAGCCAGACUUCCACUGACAGUUUAUGCUGUUAAUUUACUUCUUAAUGGUAUUUGGACUCCGCUCUUUUUCGGAGCUAAACGGCUUGAUCUAGCAUUGGUUGACAUCCUUGCGCUUGUUGGAGUAAUCGGUGGAUGUGUAGCUACAUUUUACCCUGUCAAUAAAACUGCAGCAUACUUGAUGGUUCCAUAUCUUUUAUGGACAAGUUUUGCUUCUCUACUUAACUUCAAGAUAUGGCUUGAUAAUCCCAGCGGAGGUGCUGUAACUGCCCCUGGCUCUUCAUCUGAAAAGUCCAACUAAUCGCUGUUUGCUGAAAAUUUACAGUUUCGAGCCAGUUAUAAUCGUUAUAAGAUUCUAUCUAAAGAUUUAAAUUAAGAUAGCUUGUUGCUCUCAAUUUUUCGCUAAUGUAUUUGCCUUACUUUUGUAUGAAGAUUAAAUUUACCUAUACCAGUUAA